CAUGAUCUCCGCCGUGUCCAGCCCGUGGCUCACGCAGCUCUCGCACUUCUGCGACGUUGCAGCCUUCACGGCCAGCAGCCUGAGCAGCCUGGGGGCCGCGGGGGCCUUCCCGGGCGCCGCGUCGCCGGGCACCGACCCGUACGGCCCGCGCGAGCCCCCGCCGCCGCCGCCGCCGCGCUACGACCCGUGCGCCGCCGCCGCCCCGGGCGCCCCGGGCCCGCCGCCGCCGCCGCACGCCUACUCGUUCGCGCGGGCCGCCGGGACCGCCACCAGCGCUGCCGCCGAGCCCGAGGGCCCCGGGGCCAGCUGCGCGGCCGCCGCCAAGGCGCCGGUGAAGAAGAACGCGAAGGUGGCCAGCGUGAGCGUGCAACUGGAGAUGAAGGCGCUGUGGGACGAGUUCAAUCAGCUGGGCACCGAGAUGAUCGUCACCAAGGCUGGCAGGCGCAUGUUCCCCACGUUCCAAGUGAAGCUCUUCGGCAUGGACCCCAUGGCCGACUACAUGCUUCUCAUGGACUUCGUGCCGGUGGACGACAAGCGCUACCGGUACGCCUUCCACAGCUCCUCCUGGCUGGUGGCCGGGAAGGCGGACCCCGCCACGCCAGGCCGCGUACACUACCACCCUGACUCGCCCGCCAAGGGUGCACAGUGGAUGAAGCAAAUUGUGUCCUUCGACAAGCUCAAGCUGACCAACAACCUGCUGGACGACAAUGGCCACAUUAUUCUCAACUCCAUGCACAGAUACCAGCCCCGCUUCCACGUUGUCUAUGUGGACCCCCGAAAAGAUAGCGAGAAAUACGCUGAGGAGAACUUCAAAACCUUUGUGUUUGAGGAGACGCGCUUCACCGCCGUCACUGCCUACCAGAACCACCGGAUCACGCAGCUCAAGAUCGCCAGCAACCCUUUCGCCAAAGGCUUCCGAGACUGCGAUCCUGAGGACUGGCCCCGGAACCACCGGCCCGGCGCGCUGCCGCUUAUGAGCGCCUUCGCGCGCUCGCGAAACCCCGUGGCCUCCCCCACGCCGCCCAACGGUGCAGAGAAAGACGCGGCCGAGGCUCGCCGAGAAUUCGAGCGCGACGCGGGCGGGCCAGCCGCGCUCGGGGACCCGGCGCACCCGCCGCAGCUGCUGGCGCGGGUGCUGAGCCCCGCGCUGCCCGGGGCCGGGGGCGCCGGCGGCCUCGUCCCGCUGCCCGGAGCUCCCGCAGGCCGCCCAGCUCCACACCCGGAGCUGCGCCUGGAGGCGCCCGGCGCGUCGGAGCCGCUGCACCACCACCCCUACAAGUACCCGGCCGCUGCCUACGACCACUACCUCGCCAAGAGCCGGCCGGCGCCCUACCCGCUGCCCGGCCUGCGGGGCCACAGCUACCACCCGCACGCGCACCCGCACCACCACCACCACCACCCCACCACCACCACCCCCGCCGUGAGCCCCGCCGCCGCCGCCGCCGCCGCCGCCGCCGCCCGCCGCGGCUGCGGCCGCCACCAUGUACUCGUCGCCGGGGCCGCGCCGCCCGGCUCCUACGACUACUGCCCCAGAUAACCGGGCCCGCGCCGCCCGGGGGCCGUCAGAGAACAUGCUCCCCAGCCCUGGGGGCCACCGCGGGCU